UAUCAUAUUGCGUAACACCUCGGGUUCGGCCGUUCGGAGCAGUGACAGUGUCUGGAGUUGGAGCUUUUGACAAAAUGUUUCGUUCCUUAUUUCAGCAACGUCCUCUUGCAGCAGUUGCAAGAAAAUAUUGUAAUUUAAGAGCAUCUUCAACUAUUGGUAACAUAUCUCUUACUGAACGUAGUCAUAACUGUAGUGAGCUGAGAUCUCAUCAUGUUGGAGAAAAAGUUACCAUAUGUGGAUGGCUCCAGCACCGUCGCUUUGAUUUCAUGUUCACACUCAGGGAUUCGUUUGGUGCCGUUCAGAUCAUUAUCCCUAAAGAAGAGCAAGGAAGCAAGGAGCUUGUGGAGACAUUGACGGCUGCUUACCAGGAAUCUGUCAUCAAGGUCAAAGGUCAUGUCCAGCUGAGACCCGAUGGUCUCAAGAAUAAGGAAAUGGGGACUGGUGACAUAGAGAUUGUUGCAGAUUCUGUGGAGCUUUUGAACCCAUGUAAGGAGCAGCUUUCAGUUCAACUUGGUGACUUCAGCAAAGUUUCGGAAGCAGUUAGAAUGCAGUUCAGAUACAUUGAUCUUAGGAGUAAACGGAUGCAGAGGAAUCUCAGACUCAGAUCAGAUGUCGUCAUGAAGAUGAGAGAAUUUCUCUGGAAACAGCAUGGAUUUGUUGAGGUUGAAACACCGACAUUGUUCAGAAAGACCCCAGGUGGUGCCCAAGAGUUUCCUGUGCCUUGUAAACAGAGUGGGAAGUUCUAUUCUCUCCCUCAGAGUCCCCAACAGUUCAAGCAGCUGCUCAUGGUAGGUGGUGUUGAUAGAUACUUCCAGAUUGCCCGUUGCUAUAGAGAUGAGGGUAGCAGACCUGACAGGCAACCGGAGUUCACCCAGGUUGACCUUGAGAUGUCUUUCAUAACCAAAGAAGGGAUUUAUCAACUGAUUGAGGAAAUGAUUUUAUUCUCUUGGCCAGAGUCGUUACCAACUCCUACCAUUCCUUUUCCAAGAAUGACCUAUGAGGAUGCAAUGAAUCAGUAUGGGGUUGACAAACCAGAUACCAGAUUUGAUAUGAAGAUCCAGGAUGUCACAGAUAUUCUCCAGGGGAGUGGAGCAGCCAUAUUUGAUUCAAGUUCACCAUCUUUUAGAAUCAAGCUAAUCAACUGUAAAGGAGCUGCAAGUCAUUUGAAGAAGAAGCAUGUAGAACUAUUAGAGAACGAAGGAAGGAAAAAAGCAAGUCAGCUGGGAAUGGAGAAAGGUGGUGUGAUUGGUACUAGGUUAGAGGCAUCCCCAGCCUCUUGGAAGUCACCCAUUGCAAAGUAUGUAGGGGGUGAUGUCAAAGAAAGGCUGGUAAAGAGUCUAGGUGCAGAGCCUGGUGACCUGUUCCUCAUUGCCGCAGGAGAACAGGAUAUUAAUCAAAUACUUGGACAUGUGAGGUUACAAGCUGCCAGUCUUCUGGAAGAGAAUGGUGUAUCAGUCCGUGAUAUGUCAUCAUUUAAUUUCUUAUGGGUGGAAGACUUUCCUCUUUUCUUACCUAAAGAUGAGGAAUCAACAAGUCAGGGGGAUGUUGAAUCUGCUCAUCAUCCGUUCACUGCUCCAAUGAAAGGGGAAGAAGAACUGGUCUAUUCAUCCCCACUCAAGGUCAAGGGUCAACAUUAUGACCUUGUGCUGAACGGUAUGGAGAUUGCUGGUGGUUCUAUCCGCAUCCACAGUGCUGACCUUCAGAGAUACAUUUUAGAAAACAUUCUCAAGGAGGAUUCCAGCAGCCUGUCACAUCUGCUAGAAGCCUUGGAAUCAGGAUGUCCGCCUCAUGGCGGAAUAGCAAUAGGUUUUGAUAGGUACAUAUCGUUGCUUUGUGGUGAGCCAUCUAUCAGAGAUGUCAUCGCGUUUCCCAAGACGGUGGACGGUAACGACCUAAUGAGUGGGGCGCCCUCUACACUACUCAACGAAGAACUAGAACGUUACGGCAUUCAGGUUGCACAAGGAAAGGACAGUUGAUGAUGGAUAGGAGCAUUGUGGACAUAUUGCAAUAGAAAGGCAACAGGACCAUGCACAUGGGAUAAUUCUGUAGAUGUCCCAAGAUCAAAGAAUGUGACAUACUUAUUUUGUGGCACAUUGUCACCAAGGAAAGACCCAAGUGCAAGCCAUAUGGAUAUUGAUAAAAUGGAAGGGAUUAAAGUCACUCAGUUGAAGAAUGAUUGUGUUGUAUUGAUCCUUUAUAUCUUUUGCAAUAAUGAGGAUUGAGAAUAUUUUAAUGUUCCUGUGCAUGACUUGUGGUCAGGCGUCAUUUUAUAGUAGUCUAGCUUGCAUGGACCCAGUGCUGCAAAUAAAUAAGAUGACAUUCUUUUUCAUACAGAGGUCAAUCAUAUUCCGGGAGAGUCUAAUUCUUUGUUUCACAGAAGAUUGAAAAUCAUGGAUCAUAAAGUGAAGCAGGGCUCUUUAUGAUGGGGUUAAUGUGUUCUUGUAUGAAAAUUGAGUCAUGUUGUUUAAAUUGGAAGAGGACAGAUCAUGUGACUGAUAUUUCAAACCUCCAAAUAGACUGGAGCUUGUGGAGCCCGGAGGGAGAGGGGUGGGGCCACUUCUAUUGACGAGUGGAUACCAUGAGCGACCAUGGGGUCCCGAAAAGCACCCUAAACAAAUAUUUUCCAUAUUUUAA